UAAGGACUCUCCUCCUCAGGUCAAAGGUUGUGGAAUAUAGUUGUAGUAAGACGACGAAAAACUUUUUAAAACCACUUUUUUUCUCUUUUUUUUUUGUAAAGCCCAAAAGAAACAGUUUUUAAUAGGAUAUUAUUAUGAAGGCCUUUGGUAUAUUAAUAACCUGGUUCUUGGUCAUUAGCAGUGUAUUUGCUUAUACUUCUAUACCCACUACAGAUACAUUUGAUAUUCCAGAAGAGUAUGAUGAUAAUCCGUACUCAAUGUUGGAUGAAAUCAUGCAGCAAAUACUGUGGAUGACGGAUUCUAGUUUUGAAAAGAGAGAUCAAACUAGUACUAUUGCUGAUUUACUUCAAUCGGUUAACCAGUCAGGAAUUAUUAUUGAUUUAUUACAUGAAAUAGCUGGUUCGCAAGCCCUGAUCGACAAUAUAGCGAAUGCCACCAUUGAUAUUUUGAGAAAUGGGAUUCAUUUGAAUUCAACUCUUAAAAUUGAUAUUAAUUCAACCGAAUUAAUGAGAAGAGUUAUCAAAAGUGGAGUGAUAAAUUCAACCUUGGAUGUUCUUUUCUUUAAUGUUCCAUAUCGUAAUUUCCUUUCUGACUGUCUUGGAGAUAUGUUAGCUAGAAACCCCUGGGUUGCUAAAUUAUUAGUUGAAUUAGGUAAUGGUAAAGACUUGACGGUUCCAUUUUUAGCUAAUUUAAUUGAAAAUACAACUAGUAAGGCUUCUAAUUGGGAUCAAGUUAGAAAUCAGGGUAAAACAGUUAAAAUCAAUACAAGAGAUGAUAACGAAGGCACUGCUAAAGAAUUUUUCCAAAAUAUAGUGAGUCAUGUUCUUAACUCAAGGCUAGCUGAAACUUCAAUCGAUACUAUUUUAGAAGCGGUAAAUCAAUCGCAAAUUGUUCCCUAUCUUGUUUUGCAAGUGAUCAAUGAUACAGAAAUUAAAGGUAUGGCUCUGGAACUUGUUUCCAAAGUUUAUAAUAGUGGAGUAUUAAAUGAUAUCGAUACUAAUAAGUACUAUUCGGAUGCGAAGAAGGAAAAUGUCUUAAGUACCGGGGUUCAAGUAGCUUUAACGGAUCCGGUUUAUGCUCCUCCUUUAGCAAGAAUCUUGCAAAGAAUGGAAUUAAGAGGUAUUUUCCAACAAGUGCAAUGGAAUCUUUAUGGAGGCCCCGAUAAAAGUUGAUGAUUCAUUUAUUACAUUUAUUUCAAUUCUUCUAUAUUAUUUUAAUGAAUACCCAA